AUGGCAAAGGUUUCCAGCAAGAAGACUUCGGUCAAGAAGACCGAGUCUUCCAAGACCACCAAGUCCAUUCCCCCUCAGCUGAUCGCCUCAGUCGCGGCUUUCUUGUCGGACAAUUUCCCUCAGACUAGCACCGCCUUCAGCAAGGAAGUGGCAAAGUCGGACAAGAAGAGCGAUGCGAAAAAUGUCCCCUCUCUCUUGGAACUCUUCCAAGCCCCCGAGCAGGGAUCCAGCGUGAAGAAGUCUGGUAGCCCCAGUUCUGCUUCCAGCUCAAGCAGCAGCUCGGAUAGCGACUCGGACGUUGAGAUGGGCGAGGCCGCUCGCUCGUCCUCUCCGUCUUCCUCUUCUUCUUCCAGCUCCGACAGCGAUGCGGAUGAUGAGGAUGAUGAUAAGUCUCCUGCGGCUCCCACCCCCGCUCCGGCUAAAAAGCCUGCCGGUGUGAAGCGCAAGGCCGAGUCGAGCAGCGAGUCUAGCAGCUCCGACUCCGACUCGUCUGAAGACGACAGCCCCAAGGCCAAGAAAGCCAAGACCUCUCCCACCCCCAAAGAGGCAUCUUCCUCUUCGCCCUCGUCCGACUCUUCGUCCUCGUCUUCGGAUUAUUCCAGCUCUGACUCCGAUUCCUCGUCGAGCUCUUCUUCGUCUGAUUCCUCCUCCGAUUCCUCAUCUGACUCUUCUUCCGACUCUUCUUCCGACUCUUCUUCCGACUCUUCUUCCGACUCUUCCUCUGACUCUGACUCUUCCUCUGACUCUGACUCUUCCUCUGACUCUUCCGAGUCCGAGUCCGAGUCCGAGAAGGAAUCCAAGAAGGCCCUGAAGACGGCAAAGAAGACUCCUCUCCCCGAGUCCGAUUCCUCUUCUGAUUCGGGGUCUUCAUCAUCCGGCAGCAAAACCCUCGCCAAUUCCCCCGAGACUGAGACUAAGCCGGCCAACAAGGCGGUGGAAGCUGCGCAGACUAGCUCCUCGAACGCCAGCCCCGCUCCUGGCAACGGACCCGCCAAGAAGAAGCACGUCGGAGCCCGCCCCACCCCUCUGGCUCUCCUGAGCGAAUUGCCCCAUGACCACCCGUCGAACGACUACAUGUCGUACGCGUACGCAGAGCGCGCCUGGAAGGACCUGUCUGUGACUCGCGGCAAGGGAUUCACCAAGGAAAAGAACAAGAAGAAGCGUGGCUCCUACCGCGGCGGUCCCAUCGACAUUGGCCCCUGCACGACCUCCUACAAGUUCGAGGACUAA